AUGUCACUACCCUCCAACUUAAAGCCACUAUAUAUCGAAUGGCUUGAAACAGAGACCGAAAAAGCGGUGCAAAAGAGCGAGAAGCUGGGUAUCGUGUAUGCAAAGGCAUUGGAAAACCUCCGCGUGCAUGAUAAUAUCCUUCGGCAUCCUAACGAACUCUUGGCCGUCAAAGGAAUUGGAAAUAGCAUCAAAAAUGUAUUAAAAGAUCGAUUACAUGCUUAUUGCAAAGAUACUGGGUUCGAGUUACCGUACGAUCCGGCUUUACAAGUGCAAAACAUUGAGAAUAGGCAGAGAACAAAAAUACGAUCGCUAGACGAUCAGGCCGAAAACGAUGAUAGGCCCAAGAAAAAACGGAGAUACGUUCCUAAGCGAAGAUCUGGAGCAUAUGCUAUUUUGUUGGGACUGCUGGAAAGUAAUCGGAGCGGUUCAUCCAAGAAUGAAGUAGUAUCACUUGCCCAUAAGUAUUGUGAUCACAGUUUCAAUCCAAAUCCAUCUUCCCGGGAUUUCCAUAGCGCUUGGUCGGCUAUGAAGACCUUGUUAGCUCGAGAGUUUGUUCUGGAGGAAGGACGUCCCAAACGGUACAUCUUGACUAAAGAAGGUGAGGAGAUGGCCCACACGUUGAAAAAGGCAGACGAAGUUACAUUUGAGGAUGAGGGUGCAUAUCAAGAUAGACGUAAUACACAAUCGAAUGACGGUCCAACGAACGACGCCAACGAUAGCUUAGAGGUGUCAGCAAACUACAGUGACUUGAUGGAACCAGGCUCAUCGCGUCAGUUUAAAGUGAUUUCACAAUCAGUUCUGGAUGAUAUCAACCCAACUGCGGCGCCUCAAAUCGCCAAAAAAAGCCGUUCAAUUCCAGGAGGUGCUACCUCAAAUUUACUCCAUACAGACACUCCAGCAGUAGGCCGUUCGCUUCGAGGCAUAAAAGAUAACAUUAUUAGGGCAAGGUGGAAUGGAGUUAGCUACGAAUUAUGGGAACCUGGAGCUUACGAGAUUGUGUUGGCUAUUGAUCAUCGUGAGGUGAAAUCUAAAAAAGACCGUGAGUUCUUUGCAAAUCAACUUCAGGAAAAAGGCAUAACAGUUGACACAAGACAACUGUCGCUAAGCGAUAUGAUAUGGCUUGCAAGAAACAAAACCACCAAAAGGGAAUGCGUUUUGAACUUCAUGUUAGAAAGAAAACGGCUGGACGAUUUCGCCAUGAGUAUCAUGGAUAAUCGUUUCGUGGAGCAGAAAAAUAGACUAAAAAAAACCGGAUGUAAGAAUAUCUAUUACCUUGUGGAGGAUAUUGUGAGUGACACAGCAGUAAGGAUGGCAGAUGCCAUUCGAACAGCGGUUUGGGUAACAAUGAUCUAUAAUGAUUUUCACGUGAAAAGAACUAAGAAUUCGGAUGACACAGUAACUUGGCUCAAAAAUAUGACGGAGGUUAUCGAGAGCCACUAUCUGAAAAAAUCUUUACUAGUUAUGAGUCCCCACGACUUGAAAAAUCAAGAGGAUUACUUUGCCUCGCUACAAAAUUUCCGGCAACAAUUUGAGCGCAAUGAGACGUUAGAGUGCUGCCAAAGAUUUGAUUGUUUCCAAGAAAUCAUGAACAAGAAGUCUUUAAUGAGCGUCAAGGAACUCUAUCUUCGAGCGCUCAUGGUUAAUAAAGGUGUUUCUUUAGAAAAGGCGGUUUCUAUUCAGGCUAAAUUCCCAACACUAAAGAUGUUGCUUGCAGCGUACAGAAAUUGUGAUUCCGAUGAAAGUGGAAAAGCUCUAAUUUCAAGUACUCUAAAAGAUGAGCCCGGAACUAGAAAAGUCGGGAAAGCAUUAUCAGAAACCUUAUGGAAAACUUUUGGCAAGCGCUGA